AGGUCCAAACGAUCAUCGUCACGGCAGAGUUCCCGUAAAAAACAGAGCGGAGGAAAACGGAAACGGAACAAAACCAUGAGCAGUAUCAGUCGGAAAUGGAAAAAGUUGUUAAUAGUCCUGUUCUUUACUGGUACUUGUACCUUCACAUACGCCGUCUUCAAACUGAACUCUUUUUCAAGUCACGUAAUGAGGAAAUACACUUCGGCAGACGACAGAGACUCUGGCGGGUCGGGUCAUGCAGGCGGCACGAUUCGAAAGGCGUCAGAUAACCGGCCGACUUAUUGUGAUCCGGAAAACCGUCUCGUGAAGACGGUAAACUGUGAAGCCAUCUUUAACAUGAACGAAACAGAAUUAGUGCAUGCAUUGAAUGUGAUGAAGGAUAUGAAGCCAACUCCGGAAGACGAAAUCCUUCGACAGUUUUCAGACUGUGAUAGCUUUAAAAAGAAACACAAUUAUAUUCUAGAUAUUUCUCCGGAAGAACAUAAGUUCCCACUUGCUUACAGCAUUUUGUUUUAUAAAGAUUUUGUCCAAGUUGAAAAACUUUUACGUGCCAUUUAUCGGCCUCAUAACUGGUACUGUUUACAUAUCGAUGCCAAGGCACCGUUCCAACUCCACUAUGCAGUCAUACAAUUGGUCACGUGUUUUGAUAAUGUAUUCAUCGCUUCCAAACUUGAAGAGGUCGUCUAUUCCUCAUUUUCUCGUCUGCAAGCUGACAUCAACUGCAUGAUGGAUCUCAUAUCGAGAAACGGCAGUUGGAAAUAUUUUAUCAACCUACCUAGUCAAGUGUACCCGCUUAAAACCAACGCUGAACUUGUAGAGAUUCUGAAGGUCUAUAAUGGAGCCAACGAUAUCGAAGGUAUCACUGGAAAGCGGAUGCUACCAGAACGAUAUCAAUACCGUCAUGCAAUUUACUUUUCACGUAAAGACGAAACUAGUUACAUCAAACGAACGAACAAAAGGAAAACACCACCGCCACACAAGAUCACUAUCGUCAAAGGUAGUGCGUAUGGCGUAUUCAGCAAGAGCUUUGUCCAGUAUAUUCUCUUUGACAAACGAGCACGAGAUCUUCUACAAUGGAUGCAAGACAUAUCCAGUCCGGAUGAAUAUUACUGGGCCACGUUGAACCAUCUCCAAAUUAACAAACACCUCAACACACCUGGAGGAUACAAAGGAGAUCCCAACACGAAACCAUGGUUGGCUACAUACGCUGGUUGGCGAGAAAAAGGUGACCCUUGUUUCGGCCGCUGGGUUCGAAAUAUCUGCGUGUUCGGAAUUGGUGAUAUUCUUUACCUCACAGAAAAGAAACAUUUAUUCGCGAAUAAGUUCUAUGUGAACCAGCAACCGUUAGCUUUAGAUUGCAUGGAAGAAUGGCUGUUGAAGAAGGCUUGCAAACCUCUUGAUCUGGAUCUUUCCUAUUACAAAGGACUUCCUUUUAUCAAGACAUGACAGCUGAUAUAAGAUCAAUGUAUUUCAUUCAGCCAGGAUGCAAACAGUUGACAGGCAGGUUCGAGUCAAGAAGAAGUGCUCCAGUGAUUGCUGGUUAUGUUUGUCAUAAAUUAUGAUAAUGUGUUUUUCCUUUAUUUUUCAUGAUGGUUUUUGUAUGUCUUUUAUAAUUUUUCAUGAUUAAAAAAAGAAAGAAAACAAAACAUA